AUGCCUCAAAAGAGGUGCGAAGUCGGUUGGAUGUAUUGCGCAAUGGAAAAGCCCUUUAGUGAUCCCAAACCAGUGCCGCCGCUUUCCUCUAUCCCCUUAAUCGGCCUUCACCCCGAAGAUUCGAAGGAACACGUCCAGAAGAGGCCAUUCUCUAAAUUACUCUCAACCGACACUCCCUUGAUUCGCCUGCAGAAGCUGGGUGGACGAAAAGACCUCCUUUGUUUUUACAAAAACGAACCCCAUAAAGAUUCCAACGAGGUACCUUCAGAGUGCGUUCCAAACAGCCCGCAGGACAGCAAGCUCCCCUGUUCCGAUUACCAAUUUAAAGUGCCUGCUUAUAUGCAUCAUUCGGCGUGUAUACUAAAACCACCUGCACUAUCGACUCCGAAGAUUGUGGACACCCCGUGUCUACCACUGUCGACAACGGGACGACCGAGGCAGAGGAAGAAUAAGCCUUGGAAUCUGUCACCUUCUCGACUCGGAUACUCUGAGUAUAACAAGACGGUGCCCCCACUUUCUUUCAUCCGACGGGAGUACUUCUAUCCCAGCACUAGCAGAUACAUAAGGCCAAUCAUCACAUUAACUGAAGUCACUUAUCCCAUUCCAAUGGAGGUAACGGAACCGGUCGAAUACAAUGUUUAUGAAUCACGUGAGAGUUCCGUUCUUGCCGCAAAACCGCGUCUAUUCAAAAGUCAGCGGGACGAGAUCAUGGCAACUAUAUUCAAAAACUACAAGACUCAUGAAAGACCCACUGAAUUGCUCAACGAAUCCACCGUGGUAAAAGUGAACAUGAAGAUUCUAGCUAUCUUUUCUGUCGACGUUCGGAAUAUGGAUUACUACGUGGAUGCACUUCUACGUCAAACUUGGGUGGAUCCCCGAUUGAUGUGGGAACACCUACCUGAGCAUGCAAGCUACACAAUGCCUAUUGUUUCGCCAAAUCUGAAGGAUCAAGUGUGGCUACCAGAUCUCUUCUUUCGUAAUGGAAAGGACGGUUAUUUGCACAAGAUGACUCUCCCCAAUUACCUCCUUCGCGUUUACCCUAGCGGAAAAGUACUCUACAGUCAGAAAAUUACAAUGCGUUUCGCGUGUCAGAUGGAAUUACAAAACUUCCCUAUGGACGAACAGGUGUGUGAUAUAAACAUCGGUUCAUACGGUUACACAUUUCAAGAGUUGCGUUUUGAUUGGACCGACCAAAACGCUCUCGAACUUACUAAAGAUCUUCAAAUCUCUGAGUUUUACACGCCCGCCAAUUUCACCACUAUUGACUGCACUGAGGAGGCUUCCACCUCCACCGGAAAUUACACCUGCCUUCUGGUGAAGUUCCACCUCUCACGACAGUUGGGUAGUUACUUGGUGACUACUUACAUCCCCAAUGCCCUUAUCAUAAUGGUUUCCUGGGUGAGUUUUUGGGUUCCAGCCGACGCUGCUCCAGCAAGAGUACCUCUGGGUCUGCUUUGUCUUCAGGGCCUCUGCACCCAAGCCGUAUCUAUAAGCUCAAGUCUUCCUCGAGUCUCCUACGCCAAGGCCAUUGAUGUGUGGCUCAUAUGCUCGAUCAUUUUCGUGGUCAGUGUUAUGGCUGAAUAUGCAGUGGCGCUCACCGUUAUGAACCAUGAAAAGCUUAUCUCUUGGCGUGUUGGUGUGCGGCGGAUUGUCCGUGAGGAGUUGGCACGUUGGUGGAAGGCUGUCUAUUACAUGGAGAUUUCAAGCAGCGCCAGUCGUGCCGCUCUAGUAACUAAGAGGCAGGCUGAAAUGUUUGCCCAUGUAGAGGCCGUCCUCACACAUCAGGGGGAUCUCCGGCCGCCUAAUCAGACCCGCAAAAUGCUUGGCGAGGUGGAGUCCAUUGUAGACGGUUACAGUCGAUUCAUCUUCCCUGUUGCCUAUCUCGUAUACAAUGGCUGCUAUUGGCUUUACUACCUUGUUAUCGUUAAACAUUAG